AUGAACGAUACCAUCACGAACGAUACCCGACAUGAACCUAAAGGCCCAGAAGAUAGCGAUGCAAGGUCUGGGACGAUACAUGUAGACAUCUCCGAGGAAGAUGAUCUGGUAAUAGACUGGGAUGGACCUGAGGAUCCAGAGAACCCAAAAAACUGGACCUUUUCAAGGAAAUGGAGGGCAACGUUAAUCGUCUCGCUGUUCACGUUUAUCAGUCCUGUGUCGUCGUCGAUGGUUUCGCCGGCGAUGGAACAGGUAGCACACGAUUUGGGGAUCACGAGUUCGGUGGAGCUCGCAAUGACGGUGUCGGUUUUCGUUUUGGCGUAUGCUGUUGGACCUUUGUUCCUCGGCCCGCUCAGUGAGAUAUACGGAAGGUCAAGAGUAAUACAGUUUUCAAACAUGUUUUUCUUCGCAUGGAAUCUCGGGUGUGGAUUCGCUCAGACUAAAACGCAGCUCAUUAUAUUCCGAUUUUUCGCUGGUCUAGGUGGAAGUACGCCGUUGGCCGUUGGUGCAGGCGUUCUUGCCGACAUAUGGAAGGCAGAGGAGAGGGGGAAGGCUAUCGCUGUAUAUUCACUAGCGCCCUUGAUGGGACCUGUCAUUGGACCUGUCGCUGGAGCCUGGAUUGCCGAAAAGUCAACAUGGAGAUGGGUUUUUUACUCCACAGGAAUUUUUGACAUUUUCGUUCAAGGCCUAGGACUUGUAUUCCUUCGUGAAAGCAAGCUAUGCUUUGCACCGAUACUCUUGGAGUGGAAAGCGGAGAAGAUAAGGACAGGCAUGGAUCCCGAGAAAGGUCAGCGAAAUGUGCGUACUGUAUUUGACAAGUCUGGCAUCCGAAGUUGGCAACACAUUUUUGGGAAAGCCCUUGUCCGCCCCUUUACACUGUUCGUUCGUGAGCCUAUCGUUCAGAUAGUCGCUCUGUACAUGGCCUUCAUAUACGGAGUCUUUUAUCUGUACUUGACGACGAUCCCGACGAUAUUCAGAGAAGUAUAUCACCAAAACACAGGUAUUGCCGGAUUGCACUACAUCGCGCUGGGUAUAGGGUUGGGUAUAUCCUCUCAAACAAAUGCGAGAUAUAUGGACCGCAUAUAUAAGUAUUUGAAGGAAAGGAAUGGGGGCGUUGGGGAGCCUGAGUUCCGUGUUCCUUCGAUGGUGCCAGGAUCGGUUAUAUUUCCAAUAGGACUGCUCUUGACUGGAUGGUGUGCACAGAAGGGCGUCCACUGGAUAGUGACUGAUAUUGGCAUUGCGCUCGUGGGAGCGGGAAUGAUAUUGAAUUUCCAGGCAAUGCAGACGUAUGUUGUGGACACGUUUACGCUGUACGCAGCUUCCGGACUCGCUGCCGUCUCGUGUCUCCGUUCCCUAGCAGGAUUCGGGUUUCCCCUCUUCGCGCCUUCCAUGUACAACAAGCUCGGGUAUGGAAAGGGUGACACUAUUCUUGCUGUAGUCGCUAUUGUUCUCGGAUGCCCAGCACCUUUCUUGUUCUGGAAGUACGGCAAAGCUGUGAGAAUGAAGAGUCGAUAUACCAAGAAGCCUACAUCAUAA